UGUUACUACUGAUUAGAGGUGUGCGUAGAGGAAAACCUUUUCUCCUCGUCUCUCCGUCUCUCUUUUUGUGGUUUGCAGAAAACAGCGAAAGCAACCAUGGCGGAACGAAGCAACGGGGAAGUUCUAAUGCUGGAAGCGCCACCGUCUUACGGUAAACCUACCAGCUCGGACGCCGAAAUUAUCGACGCAUUACCUUACAUCGACGACGACUACGCCGACCCCAGAGUCAAACUCGAGGUUGACCGUCUCGUCGAGGAUGAGAUGCGCCGCAGCUUCAAGAAACCCACAGAUUUCCUCAAAGAUUUCCCUCCUCUUCCCAGCUCCAAUUUCGAGAACUACCCGAUGAUUGCAAGAGAGUAUGAACGCGUGAGAGCUGGAAGGCCUCCCGUUGCUCUUGAUAGGUCUCGCUACGAAUUGGAAAUGCCGCCGGCGAAUAAAAGGAACGAUGAAACUGCUUGGAAGCAGGCUCUUCAUAGGGCUCAACGCCUACUGCAGUACCAGAUGAUGAGGAUGGAAAAUUUGGAGUUGAUGUUAAAAUACGGCCCUGAUACAUGGAAACUACACAACCAGCGAUUGGAAGUAUACUUAUCAAGAAUGCAGAAAUUAGCACAAGAACAAAAUGAAAAGAUUGAAAAAGUAAAUCGUGAAAGGAAAUAUCAUCAGCAAAACACAGCGUAUGAGCUUAAUGCAUUGUCCAUGCAAUGGAAGGAGCUCUGUCAGAAGAAUAUAGAUAUCAAUGCUGCUUGUGCUUCAGUUGUAAACAGCAUAAAUGAACUGAAAAGUGAAGCAGCAGAAAGAGGCUGGAAUUUGGAAACUGUCACAGAAAAUGGUCAACUGCCGAAUUCCGAAUUAUGAGAUUCGGAUGUCCUCAUCUAGUUUUGUAUCUGCAGCCUGAUUGUUUUGGUGAUAUACAAACUUAAUUCCAUCAGCAACCUGACAUGUUGGGAUACUUCUUGUUCUUGAGGUGAGACAAAUCUUGAUUUCGUUCACCCAUUGGUAAGGGAAGAAUGGUACUACCAAAGGUGAUACUGUAAUAAAUUCUUGAUUUGCGAUCUAUAAUUUUCCUUUUUAUGCUAUCUUGCUUUUUAGUUUAGAAAAA